AUGGAUGGCAAAAUCAAGAAACUCUACAAAAUCGUACUGACCGGCGGCCCUUGUGGUGGCAAGACAACGGGACAGUCACGAUUAUGUACAUUCUUUGAGAAUUUAGGAUGGAAGGUUUACAGAGUUCCAGAGACUGCUAAUGUUCUAUUAAGUGGAGGUAUCAAAUUUUCAGAAUUAAGCGACGACGAAGCCCAUAAAUUUCAAGAGAACCUUCUCAGAUGUAUGUUACAAAUAGAAAAUACGUUUUUUGAACUGGGGGAAUCAUGUGACCAAGACUGUCUAAUCAUUUGUGACAGAGGUGCUAUGGAUGCUGCCGCAUAUAUACCUACUAAUAAAUGGGAUCUGAUAAUGAAAGAAAACGGUUUGAACAUGGUUGAUUUGAGAGACAAUCGUUACAAUCAAAUAAUUCACAUGGUGUCUGCUGCAUGUGGGGCUGAAGACUUUUAUACGACCGAGGAUCAUACUAGCAGGAGAGAGGACGUGUCUCUCGCUAAAAGUCUAGAUGUUAAAGCGUCAGCAUCAUGGAUUGGACACCCAUAUUUUGAUGUCAUUGAUAAUUCAUCAGAUUUUGAAAAUAAAAUAUGCAGAAUGAUAGCUGCUGUUUGUCAGAAAUUGGGCCUAGACACUGGUGAUCGAUUAGCUACAAACUCGAAAAAACGUAAAUGGUUAGUGAAGUAUCUGCCUAAUGAUCAGUUGUUCCCUCCAUUUCAAGAUUUUGAUGUCGUACACAAUUACUUGCAGACAUACACUAAAAAUAUGCAAGCUCGCUUACGAAAACGAGGACAAAAAGGUCAUUGGAAUUAUACACAUACGAUUCGUAGGCCUCGGGUCCGUGGCCAAGUAAUAGAAGUAAAAACACAGCUAAGUCACAGGGACUAUGUGAAUCUGUUGUCUCAAAAAGAUGAAACCCACUAUCCAAUCUAUAAAAAAAGGCGAUGUUUUAUACACUAUAAUCAGUAUUUCCAACUGGACAUUUAUUGUAAACCUUGUCAUAAAAGGUGUGAAGGGUUAGUGUUACUUGAGACAUAUUCUGCUCUUGAGGACCAAGAGCUGCUUGAUCGUUUACCAAAAUUCCUAGACAUUGAAGCGGAGGUUACUGGAAACGCAGCUUAUUCCAUGUUUAACUUGUCACUUGUUGAAGAUUGGGACAAAUCAAAAAAUUUUUGUCACUACUUGAAAGGACCAGACGAAGAUCUAAAUAUAGGUGAUCAUAAAACCAACCAAGUUAGUUACAUUCAUACAAACGGAAAACUAAGGAAAUAGUGACUUUGCUUUUACAUUUUUAAUAUAGUAUUACAAUUUUGUUUCUAGAUGUUUAUCAUUGUAUAAUAUUCAUUUUUUUUUAUGUUUUGUUAAGUAGUAUACAAAAUUUCCAGUUAAAAUUGUUAUUAAUAGAUUUUAAAUUUACUAAUCUAGGUACUUUAUGUAGUCUGUUACACAAACUACUCAUACUUACAUAUAUGCAUUAUUUUUCUUUAAAUUUGCUAUAGUUUUAUCUUAAUUAUUAUAAUUUUUUUUUUGCAACCGGUACAAUAUAUUAAAUUAUUACUGUA